CCUGCGCACUGGCGAUGGACCGCUCUCAUAAACAGCGCUCACACUGACUCAACACACACAUCAAAGUAUAUGGGAACAUGUCGCAGUACACUCUGGGAGUUCACCUGCAGAUCCUGCUGGCGGUGGGUCUGGCUGUGUUCUGCUACUGUCUGGUUCUCGGUUGUAUUCUUUGCUGCCGCAGAAGGAAGAGUGUUUCAUCCGAGGACAAGGAGGCAGUUUUCUUGUCUCCUCAUCCUGCAGAGAGGGUGACUGUCACAUUGACUCCGUCUCCAUGUACCCAGCCUGUCAAGCAGCAGUACGAAGAGCUGGAUGGGGACGUGUUGGAAUUCCCUUCCUCCAGAAGCAGCUCUUCUCCCUCCGAGGAUGACCUCACUGCUCUGCCCUUUGACCGCAGCCCUACCAGAUCAGCUGAGCUGGUGCAGUCUCCUGGGUCUUCUUUUCCAAUGCGGCGCCUCAGCACCCCAGCUGUUCCUUGUUCACCUAAUAAACGUGCAAGUCAUGGCAGAGCCUCUCUGCCCUCCCUCACUAAGCUGAGCCUGGUGUCCAAGUCCCGUCGGGCAAUAGGUCGCCGCAGCACAGUGAGCGGUGAAAGUUUUCUUUACAGUGAGAGCAGUCAACUGACUGCCAGUGCUCCCACCCAGCAGGGGGAGCCCUGCCUAUCACAGUAUGGCUCUAACUCUCUCUCCAUCCCCUCCAAGGCAGCUCCUCUCUUGCACUUCUCCUUGCUCUUCUCCUCUGCCUGUGGCACCCUGGUGGUCAACAUCCUGGGGCUCUCAGGGGCCAGUCGAAGGCGCAGUGGGGUGUUUGUUCGGGCCAGCCUUCCUCCCCUCUGCCCCUCCCCGCAGCAGAUAGCCUCUCGGCGCCGCAGCCUCAGCCCAGACCUCCACAGCCAGAGCUUUGUUCUGCAGGUGGGCUCUGUAGAAGAGCUGUGCACCUGCACCCUGAAACUUGCUGUCUACAGCAGGGACUUCUCAGGCCUAAGAGAGGCUGCGCUGGGGGUGGUGGAGCUGCGCUGUGAGCAGGUGGAAUGGGAGCCUGACAUCACCUCCACCUACACCAGGCAGCUUAACCCAACUAAAAGCAAGCUGAAAAAGAGUGUGAGUUCUCAGGAAACACUGGGUCACAGGAAGAGUUCGGUGUGUGUGCCGCGGGCUUUGGGCCAGCUGUUCAUCCUGCUGCAGUACCAGACUGUGGCCCAGCGCAUCAAGGUGAUGGUCCGAAAGGCUGAGAAUCUGGCCAAGCUCACACGGAUCCCUGGAGCUCCAGACCACUACGUUGUCAUCAACCUGCGUCAGGAUGGGAAAAUAAUUGGUACCAAAGAGACCAAAGGGGCCAGCGGUCUAAACCCCGUCUGGAACGCUCCAUUCCUGUUUGACCUGCCAUCUGGUGACAUCACUGAGCUACCGUUGCUCCUUGAGUUUAUCAUCAUGCAGGGCCGUCUCUACACUAAGAGCAGUAUUCUGGGUCGUGUGUUGAUUGGCAGCGAUGCCUCAGAGGCGGGGCAGGGACACUGGAAGGAAAUGUGCAAUCGGGGGCAAACAGAGACGGCUCGCUGGCAUACCAUCCAAUCAGAUGUGCUGUAGGACUGAUAAACUGCGCUGCCGUCCCUCUGCCACCCACUGUGUGAAACAUAUAGAGAUGGAGACAGGUGGGAAUAACGAUUAGUGACUGGGUUGCACGCUCCUCCUGCGCUUUCAGAGUAUUUAUUUUGAGUUCUGUUGUAGAUUUUAUGUGGAUAGUUUUCCAUGUCAUUUAACAACAGAUAGUGUUCAUGAAUCGUAAUGCUGUUUGUAUGGAGAGACAAGUAACAGUCAAAUAUCUAGAUGCACAUGAGUAUCUAAAGAGGGAGAAGCGCUGAUCAGCGUAUGGAGGAGGGAUGUGCUGAAGACAUUGCCUUUGUAAUUAUUUCCACUGUGACUUCUUAAAACUGUUGCCUGUAUAACUGUAUCAUUCUGGUUGUAUGGAUGCAACUUGUGCUGAUGUUGUAGUAUUGUUUGUAUUGUGCCGAGAUGCUACAGAUGUUGAUGUUGACUAGAACUUGAUGGAUGUCUAAAAAUGUGCAACGUUAUUGAGCAUAUAUGUUGCCACUCUGCUUGUGGUGAACUGUGGUGUAUUAGACUGUACCAGUAUUUGUCCACAUACUGUAAACACCUCUCUUUACUAAUAUUGUAUGUAUGAGGCCAUUAUUGUGGCCUCACUUUGUGUGGCAUGCCUGCUGAACUAUUGUUUUAUUUUGUUCAGUUCCCUAGAGGAUUUCUAUCCUUUUCAUCAACUACAAUAAAUGUGGAGGCUUGAUGGUUCACAGAAGGUUUAACGGAGCAAUGUUCAGUCAUCUGCAUUUGGCCUGCUAAUGUGCAGUUAAUCCAUAAUAAAAUAUUUCUGUGAUAGUUUUAACUUUAUUCAUCAAUAGUGCAACAUAUAUGAAUACAAGACUGAAGAACUACUUUACGUUUUGUCUGCUGUGCAACAUGAGGUCUUUGCUAGCCAAAUGAUUGUGACCAAGCAGCAGAGUUAACAUUAUUGUCUAUUAUGCACUACUCAUUCACUGUGGCUGCCUUGCUAUUGGAUUUUACGACUGAUCACAAUCUGCAGCAAUGUCUCUCUUUUUUGAUUUCAUGAGGCCUCUCAAUACAGGUGAGGGCCCUGUGAACAGCAACAUUGAACUUGAUUGCAUGAUGACUCUAAAAAACAGCCGGACUGUCUUAGCACAGACUUUCUCUGCAAUGAGCUGAACACCGUUAAAUAGAAGCUGAAAUACAUGUGAUCUAUUUUAGACAGACUUGCACAUUUAGUACAUUUAUAAGGCUGUCAGAAACCAACUAAUGAAUUAAAUCAUCAUUCAGUCAAUCAAUGCAAAAUGUAUCACAUAUAGAUUCAACUUUUUUGCAUUCUCUUCUUUUUUGAAGAGAAGUUGAAUGAUUAGUUAAAGUUAAAGUUAAAGUUAGACAACUGAAGCAAAUAAAGGUUACUCAGUGGGAACAGGAAUAUUAAAUUUUGUCCUCUUCUUAGCCACAAUACACACAGUAAUAUUAUUAUUUUAUUUGAGGGAUUAAGCUGACAUUUAUCUGGUCUCGCACUGUCAGCAUUAAAAACAGUUUAAAGGGCAACACCAUUGUGCAGACUAAAGAUGUGAUAAACAUGUUGUAACACUUUCAUCUCAAUAUUUGAAAAAUAUGAUACCUGCUCUAACAAAUUGAAGGGGGUUUGAACAUAACAAUUUUUGACAUAUACAUAUAAUGACACUUGUUUUUUUAACACUAACAUGUUUGUGGUUUCUAGAAAGGAAUUGUUGUGCUGUGUUUAUAUUAAUUGUAUAUUGACCAUGUUGUAGCUUGCCAGUGGCAUGUAUUGUCUCAAUUGUAUAUAAAUGUCUUUGCUUUUAAAAGGGAACAGUUUCAAAGAAUUUAGAAUAAAUUCAUAUAUUAAAUAAAGGAAUUUUGUCAAUCA